GACAAACCAAUUCGAAUCAUUAUAAUUGGUAAAACUGGGGUCGGUAAAAGUGCCACAGCAAACACGCUCAUCGGCGAUAAGAAACGAUUCAACGAAAGAGCUAGUAUAACUCCAAUAGCCCCUAAAUGUGUUUGUGAGACAUUGAAUCAUGAUUCAAAUAGCUAUAAGAUAAUCGACACGCCUGGAUUUACGAAUUUUAAUCAAUUGAAUUCGGCAGCUGCAAGAGAAAUCGCAAAGUCAAUGCAGUAUGGCGCUCCUGGUCCACAUGUCUUUCUUUUUGUAAUACGGUUUGGUCAAUUUACACGGAAAGAUCGCGACCUAAUAGAAUUUAUUAAGAAACUAUAUGGCGAAAAGAGUACAAAGAAUCAUGGAGUUGUUGUAGUCACUCAUGGCGAUGACAUUAAACGAAAUAUAAACAAUGAAUGUGUUAAAAGCGGGGAGGUCGAUGCAUUUGUGAAAGAUUUAGUUGAUAGUGACGAGGACGCAAAGGAACUGCUCAAAGCGUGUUCCGAUAGAAUGUUUGUCAUUGACAACAGAUCCACAGAUCGAUGGACUGAGGCAUCUUCACGAUUUUAUAAAAACAUCCAAGAGUGGGGUCUUGGCUUGUCUUACUGUAACGAUUUACAUGGCGUUGCCAAAAUGAUGGAACAGGAGAGAACAAAAGGAAACCUGGAACCACCGAAACACGUGUUGGGCACUAUUCAGAGGGCUCUUCGUCAAGAUGAAUCGCAGGGAAGUGGAAUAGCCAUGGCGAUGGGAAUCGUUUUUGUUGGAGUAAGCGCAUUUGUUCUCUUACGUGGUCUGUACAAUUGGUUUUAUGGUAGUAUACACUAUAUACCUACAAGUUUAUCAACAGCAUGGUCCCUUGCAAAGUUAUGCCGCAACGGAUAUGACCAGUUGACUUCACACAAUACUACACAGAGGCACGAUGCUACAUAAAUAUGCAACUAAUUGCAGCAAUAAAAAGACGAAUCGAUUCUAUUUACACUGUUCCACAACUACACAAUGCGUGUCUA